CCCGGAAGGAGACGGGAGCGGCGUGGGCGGCGUGGAGUCCUAUCGGCUGGAUGGCGGGUAGCCGGCUGCGGGAGCUGCAGGCCGUGGACACCGAGCUCAGCGCGGAUACCGUGGAGUGGUGCCCGCUGGAGGGCUGUCGGCGCCUACUCGCCUGCGGCACCUACCAGCUGCGCAGCCCCGGGGACGAGGCCGACUUGGCUGGGCAGCCGCAAGUCCGUCUAGGCCGCGUCUGCCUGCACAGUUUCAGUGAGGACGACCCUGCUCACCCUCUGGCCGAGGUCCAAAGGAGGGAUACGGCUGGAGUGCUGGACAUGAAAUGGUGCCACGUCCCGGUGGCCGGCUGUGGCGUCUUGGCUGUGGCAGAUGCCAGUGGUUCUGUAGAGCUGCUCCGCCUGGUGGGAUCUGAGGAGAGCAGACCCCUCCUGGAGCCUUGGUCCAGCCUCUCACUGGGGGAGGAGCGUCUGGCCUUGUCACUGGAUUGGUCCACAGGGAAGCGUGGAAGGCCCAGUGACCAGCCCUUGAAGAUCAUCAGCAGUGACUCCAAGGGGCAGGUGCACCUCCUCAUGCUGGACGAGGCGGCACCCAAGCUGCAGCAAGUGGCCAUGUGGCAAGCCCACCGCUUUGAGGCCUGGGUCGCUGCUUUCAACUACUGGCAGACAGAAGUUGUGUAUUCAGGGGGAGACGAUGGCCUCCUGAAAGGGUGGGACACCAGAAGCCCUGGCUCGUGUGUCUUCACCAGCUCGAGCCAUGCCAUGGGUGUGUGUAGCAUCCAGAGCAACCUGUACCGGGAGCACAUCCUGGCCACAGGGAGCUAUGAUGAGCACGUGCUCCUGUGGGACACGCGGAACAUGAAGCAGCCGUUGGCAGAUGCUCAUGUGCAGGGCGGGGUGUGGAGGCUCAAGUGGCACCCAUUCCACCGAGACCUCCUUCUGGCGGCCUGCAUGCACCAAGGCUUUGCGAUCCUCAACUGCCGUGAGGUCACAGAGAAGCAGGAAGUGACAGUCUUGGAAUCCCACAAGCUGCCCACCUCACUGGUGUACGGGGCUGACUGGUCCUGGCUCCUUUUCUGUCCCCUGCAGCCAGUGCCUUCUGAAUCCCUCGACAGUGACGUGGGAAAUCAGGUCUAUGGGCUGAAAGUUUCAGAGGACAUGAGGAACAGCAGCAGCCAACCACACAUCCCAGCGAAGUUCUGUGAUUCUGACCUCUGCCUCAAAGGGGUGAACUCUGAUAUCAGGCUUCUGGCUACCUGCUCUUUUUAUGACCACACUCUCAACCUCUGGAAAUGGGAGGCCCGCUGAGCCUGAGACCUGCUCAGAGAGCCUGAGAGCUCACAGAGACCUGCACCAGGAGCGACAAUCUUUGAGCUGGGCCACUGGGAAUGGACUGAGUGAUUCUUUUUGGCAUUGAAUGGGAUUUUCCAGCUCCAAAACUGAAGUUUCCUGGGUACAUUUUGACUUUCAGCCCUUCAUAAUGUAUUUAAGCAACUAUUUGUAUUAAUUAAAUGAAGCUGUUUUGGAAAAAAAUGUUACUUUAUAACAUCA